AAACGGCACCCCGUACGGGUGUUUGAAAACUUUCUUUGUCUAUAAAAAAACUUUGUAAAUCUACACAUUUUCAUUCAGGUUUCAUCCAAUAAUCCUCUAAACUAAAGAAAAAUAUUUCCUCUCUUCUUUCUUUCUACCCAUUUUAAUUUUCAAAUUUUCAAAAAAUCCCUCACUUAACCGGAGAGAAAUGGACGCUCACCAGCGAAGCCUGAAUGCCGUCGAAUGUUCAGCUCUCUCCGGCAAACUUUCGAAAACGAAAAGCCAAAAACAUGAUUCACAAUCACAACCUUCACUCUACUUAACUAACGCUGUUUUCUUCGGCCUCUUCUUUUCUGUCGCCUACUUUCUUCUUCACAGAUGGCGUGAGAAGAUCCGAACCUCUACUCCUCUACAUGUACUCACAAUCUCUGAGAUUGUAGCUGUCGUUUCACUCAUCGCUUCAUUUUUCUAUCUUAUGGCUUUCUUCGGAAUUGGCUUCAUCCUUCAUCCAUUUGCUGCGUCUCGUGCCAUUCAGUAUGAUGAAGAAGAUGAAGCAGAGAUUGAUAAAACCACUGGUUCAUGCCUCGUCGGAUUUGCACCGAAAUUACCUCUGCUGCCACCGAAAACCGCCGUCAAAAAAGUUGCUCCAGCGUCGGUUACGUUGCAGCUUUCUUCUGAUGACGAGGAGGUUGUCCAGGCUGUAGUUUCAGGAUCAAUUCCGUCUUACUCACUUGAAUCCAAACUCGGAGAUUGCCGGCGUGCGGCGGCGAUUCGGAACCAAGCGGUGGAGAGAGUUACCGGAAAGUCACUUGAGGGUCUACCAAUUGAAAAUUUUGAUUACGAUUCUAUAUUAGGACAGUGUUGCGAGAUGCCAAUAGGUUUUGUUCAGAUUCCGGUAGGAGUUGCUGGUCCUUUGUUGCUCGACGGGAAAGAGUUCACGGUUCCGAUGGCAACAACCGAGGGUUGUUUGGUUGCAAGUACUAACAGAGGCUGUAAAGCUAUUUAUGUUUCCGGUGGUGCUUCUGCUGUUGUCCUCCGUGAUGGCAUGACUAGAGCACCAGUUGUUAGGUUCAUUUGAUGACUUGAGCAUGUCUUCCUUUUACUCUGUAUUAGUUGACAAUCCACUGCAGUUCCUCCUGCCAAUUACUAGGCUUCUGUUGAAUUUGCAACCAAGAUAUAACCUUCUGCCAGAUUCUUUGAAUAUCAAGACAUUAACAAGUAAAGAAAUAGCUUUGAAAAAAGAAAACAAGUAAAGAAAUAGAGGAAGUAAUUUGAAAUUUUAGAAUGUCAUUCAAUAAAUUUUAGUUAGAUUGUAAAUAACAACAGAGUAUAUUUUAUUAAAUUACACUUUAAGCACAAAAUAAUUAAUUAAAAAUAUAAAGUUAAAUUAAAUUAAAAUAAAAGGAUUUUAGAGAUAUUAUUUGAUAGGAGAGUUUCUCCUAUAUUAAGCAACUAAGUUGAUAGUUGCAAGGGCUUUCUGUAAAUGCAAGCUUCUCAAGCAUAGUGUGUUUUGAUGAAGACAAUAUGGACAUCAAGCUUUUAUAAAGGAAGUGCAAAAAGAAUUUCAAGUAUCAAGCAAAAAUACAUCAUUUCAAAGUCUUGAAGAAAUUGUGAAGAUUCAAGAAUCAAGCUAAAAUGUCAAAGGUAUAAACAAUACUCACUUUGACAUAUAAUUGUUCACAAAUAUAUUUUCAUGCAUAUCAUAAACAUACUACAAAGUGUCAUCCCUCAAAAGAUCUUUUAAAACCUCUUUCAAAGUUAAAAUUCAAAAUAAAGGUCUUAGGAACCGGGUUGUCCCUAUGGGGGAACCGGUUCCCAGCUUUCUAAGUUUUCAGUUCUCUGUUUUUUACUAUGGGGAACCGGGUUGUCCCUAGGUGGGAACCGGUUCCUCAGUUCAAAAUUUGAAAUUUCUGCUGUAACGUUCAGCAGGAACCGGGUUGUCCCAGGUAGGAACCGGUUCCUACUGAACCAAUGUGUUUUUUCAUUGCAUGAUCUUAUUCAAACGAAUCCAUUUUCUUACCACUUGAUCAUUGCAUUGUUUCAUGGAAAAAUAACCAUUCAAAGAGGUGUUUGACACAUUAUAAAUACUACAUAUUUCAAAAUCAUUAUUCACCUUCUUCAUUAACAAUUCAUACUCAUAAAUUUCAUUAUUUUC